CAGCCUACAAAUAGGGACUUUGCUUAUUUGCAUACAGAUAAAGAACGGACCAAUGGCGUUAAACUUGUGUACCUGAGCAAACGCUAGACUACUUCCAGCUCCGUGCAACUUACCUCAGAGCGGAAAGUCCUACAUAGAGGAUAUUUGCGGACUAUGGUUUAAGUGUACACUAGAUUUCAUCAUGGCUUGUGGUGGGUUUGUUUGUUCCAAAACGUCUCUUUGCAUCCUGAACCUUAUUUAUGUGAUGGUCAGUCUUCUAAUGGUUGGUGUUGCAGCAUGGGGCAAAUGGUUUGGAAUGGUCUCUAGUUUUAGGGUGAUGGCUGCUGUCAUUGCUGUUGGGUUGUUUCUCUUCGUCGUGGCCAUUAUGGGAUUGUGUGGAGCUGUAAAGCAUCACCAAGUCCUCUUGUUCUUUUACAUGCUCAUUCUCUUCAUGGUAUUCAUUGUGCAGUUUUCAGUAUCAUGUGCCUGCUUGGCGAUUAAUAAAGAACAACAGAACCUGCUGCUGGAGAUAGGAUGGAAUAAGUCUGAAUCAAUGCAGGAGGAUUUGGAAAGGUCGCUGGAUUGCUGCAACUUCCUUGAAAUUAACUACAAUGAGAGCUGCGCGGCUAGCUGUUUUAAGGAUAAAACAUGUAAACCAUGUUCAGUUAUUAUCCAGGCCUAUGCUGAUGACGCGUUACAGUUUGUUGGAGGAGUCAGUCUGUUUUUCAGUUUUACAGAGAUUCUGGGCGUCUGGUUAGCAUAUAGAUACAGGAAUCAGAAAGAUCACCGGCAAAAUCCUGGAGCUUUCAUUUAAAGCACACACAUUUUCAAGACUUUCAGCUAUACAGAGUCUUUGCUCUUGAACUGACUUUUUUUUUUUUAUUUAUGAUCGUUUCUUUUGAUAACACUCAAAUUUCUUGAUUUUUCGGGAUAAAACAAUAUUUGGAACAGCCGUUAUGAGUUGCAUCUCGGUGGAGUUCGCAAAUAUUUAUUGUCACCGAUUAUACAAGUAGGUUAACUGGGCUUGAACUUUGAUCCCAAUUGAACAACUCUCACAAUGAUAACGAGUUGCUAAAUAAUCUUGCAAUAAAAUGAAAAUAAGAUAAAUGAAUACUGAUCUUUUGUUUUUGAUCAAAAAGCCAAGUAGAAAACAUUUCCUGCUUCUUAAAUCAAACAACGGGCCUAUAGUCAUUGCGUUGAGCCCGGUUGCUCAGUGAUGAGCUUGCACACUGAAACUAAAAGUUCAACUGCGCCCAACCCGCUUCCACAUUAUUCUGAUCAGGAUGUGACCAGGAAUGUCUACAUCAUCUGUUUGCAUUCCACAUAUUAGCCAAUGGUGCGGCUCAGCUGGAGGUUGUCCAGCCGGUUUACCACAGGCGCAUUCAUCCGGAUCUUCUUGUUCUGCCCUCUGCUGGCUGCACCGAAAACAUACUCACCUGCAUAUUAACACGGAUAUGGAUCACAAUGAACCACCUAUCUGUGCUUUGACAUGUGAUUAAAUCUCUGUGUUCUGUUAUAAUGGAAGAUCUGUAUUUUCAAUUGCAAAGAGAUUCAUGCAAAACUAUACUGGUCCAACACAAGCUAUUGAUUCAGUUUUGGAAGGUUCUUUACAAAUACAAAAAUAUUAUUAAAUGCAAAACAAACAAGCUACA